GAAAUUUUGCCAAGGUUUUCUGUAAGAUUUCGUGUCUUUUAUUUUAUUUUAAAAAGUAACAUUAUCACUUGAACAACCAUGGCUGGCAGUUUUCGACAAAUAAUGGUCAAAUACGCCGCAAACCAGCGCUUACUAAACCUCUUUGAUAAGGGUGGCAGCAGCCAUGUUGCUUGCAGACGGUGGCUUAACCUUCAAGAAUAUCAAAGUAAAAAGUUGAUGGAAAAUUUUGAUGUGAAUGUCCAACGAUUUAAAGUUGUUGAAUCAGCAGCCGAUGCAAAAAAUGCAGCUCAACAUAUACUUGACACGAAUGCAAAAGAGCUUGUUGUGAAAGCAAUGAUACUUGCUGGAGGUCGGGGAAAAGGAAAAUUCUCAAGUGGUUUGCAGGGAGGAGUUCAUUUAACCACUGAUCCUACAAAAGUAUCGGAUCUCUGCAAAGAUAUGUUGGGUUAUAAUCUCGUCACCAAACAAACUUCUGCCGAAGGAGUUACUGUUAAAAAGAUAAUGGUGGCAGAAGCAUUAGACAUCACGCGUGAAACUUACUUUGCGAUUCUAAUGGAUCGAAGUUAUAUGGGGCCUGUGAUGGUUGGAAGUCCAGCUGGGGGAAUGGAUAUUGAAGAGGUUGCAGAAAAAACUCCACAUCUAAUAUUUAAGGAUCCCAUAGACAUUGAUAAGGGUAUUCAGGAAUCUCAAGCAAUAAAAAUGGCUGAGAACUUAGGUUUUACCGGCGAGAAACUACAAAAAGCUGCAGAACAAAUCACGAAACUUUACAAACUUUUCAUCAGUGUGGAUGCGACUCAAGUUGAGAUAAAUCCAUUGGGAGAAACGCCAGAUGGAGAUGUCGUUUGCUUUGAUGCAAAAGUGAAUUUCGAUGACAACGCCGAGUUCAGGCAGAAGGAAAUUUUCCUGAUGGAUGACAAGAGUGAGAGUGAUCCUAAGGAAGUGGUGGCGGAGGAAAAUGGGCUGAGUUAUAUUUCUAUGGAUGGAAACAUUGCUUGUCUUGUAAAUGGAGCAGGUCUUGCCAUGGCAACCAUGGAUAUCAUCCAACACUGUGGCGGACGACCCGCCAACUUCCUUGACUUGGGUGGUGGUGUUCAAGAACAUCAAGUCUACCAAGCUUUCAAGAUAGUUUUAUCGGAUACUAAGGUUGAAGCUAUCCUUGUUAACAUUUUUGGUGGUAUUGUCGACUGUAAAAUAAUCGCUAAUGGAAUAGUGAAAGCUGGUAAAGAACUCAAUAUAUCAAUGCCUCUUGUUGUAAGAUUGGAGGGAAUGAAUGUAAAUGAGGCAAAGGAAAUUUUGAAAGAAAGUAAUCUCCCAAUUGUUUCUGCAAAUGAUUUUGGAGAUGCAGCUGAAAAAGUGGUGGCGAGUCUCAAAUCCUAAUCGUGCCUUUCUUAUUCCAUUUUUGUCAUUUUAUUGUGAAAAAUUUAGGUUUUUAAAAGAAUCUCAAACCUAGAAUGGACAUUUUAUUUAUUAAGCUAUGUUUAUUGCAUUGAAUCAUAGUAUAUACUUUACAAUUAAAUAAACAAACUGUUCUGUGUAUUCUAAAAUUUUAGAAGUACUUAUUAAUUGCACAACAUACUGAAAUAAUUAAUCGCAUUAAAUACAUUAUCAUGUGUGGUAUUUUUGUUUUAUUAACAAGACAUAGAAAAUUCUUAGUUCUGUAAAUGAAUAAAGAUCUUUAAAAAA